CUGUUCUCAGUGGCUGAGUGGUAGGUAGUCCAAGCCAUGUGGUGGUCGUGGCCCCUGCUCCCUGCCCUGGUACUCUUCUCUGUGCUGUCUGUGGUACGAGUACAGACUGCACCAUGUCAGACCUGCCGCAAACUAACUGACAGCUUCAUCAAGGGCCUGGAGAAAACAUCCAAUAAAAACUUUGGAGGUGGGAACACUGCUUGGGAGGAGGAGAAGCUGGCUAAAUAUGCUCGCAGUGAGACCAGGCUGCUGGAGAUAGUGGAGGCAGCAUGUGAGAAAUCUGACUUUGACUGUAACAAACUGCUGGAGCAGUUAGAGGACCAAGUGGAGACAUGGUGGUUCCACCGGCGGCAGGAGGCUCCAGAUCUAUUUGAGUGGCUGUGUAUAGAGGAGCUCCGACUCUGCUGUCCCCCAGGACGCUUUGGCCCAGACUGCAAAGAGUGUCUGUCCGGUCCUGGAGGUGUGUGUGGUGGUCUGGGUCGCUGUGAGGGAGAGGGUACCCGUCUGGGAGAUGGAGAGUGUGUGUGUGAUCCGGGGUACUUUGGUCAGCUGUGUCAGAGCUGUGCAGAUGGCUACUACAGAGAGAAGAGCUCCAAUCACAGCACACCAGCCUGUGCAGCAUGCUACCACUCCUGUAAAAAAUGCUCAGGGCCAGAGGACUACAAAUGUGUGGACUGCAAACCUGGGUGGAUCCUCCAUGACAACAAGUGUGUUGACACUGAUGAGUGCGGCACAGAGCUGGCUCGAUGUCUUUCCAACACAUAUUGCCACAACACAGAUGGAUCGUACGAGUGCAGAGGCUGUGACCAGGCAUGUGUGGGCUGUAUGGGCAGUGGUCCUGCCCGCUGUAAGAAAUGUGCUAGGGGAUACAAGCUCAGAGGAGCCAAAUGUCUUGAUGUGAAUGAGUGUAGUGAGAGGGCGAUAGCGUGUCCAGGGCUGAAUGAGGCUUGUUUCAAUGAAGAGGGCUCCUUCCGCUGUGAAUGUGCUGACGGCUUCAUCCGAAGGGACAGCAUCUGUGUGGAGAACCAGCCUUACAGUGGUCCAGAGAAGGGCCUGUUUGAUGACAUGACUGAUGACGAGGUACUUGUCCUGCAGCAGAUGUUCUUUGGCGUAGUCAUCUGUGCCCUAGCAACGCUUGCCGCCAAGGGUGACAUGGUCUUCACCGCCAUUUUCAUCGGGGGCGUGGCCGCCAUGGCCGGAUACUGGCUAUCAGAGAAGGGUGAUCGCAUGCUGGACGGCUUCCUGAAGGGACGCUAGCCUGUCAGGAGCCAGGGAUACGGGAAAGAGGAAGGAACUCAUUGAAUGCAAGCCGAUGCGGGCGACAAAGACUGGGGGUGGGACGGCUACAGGAAUGCUAGCCAUUCAGGGAUGUACUAUACUACUUUGGGGUGGUAGGGGUUAGGGUGAGAGAAGAGGGGUCCUAAAGGAAGCCUUGAAAAGGCUUGGGAUUAUUGUGGGUCUUCUGGAAUAUGAACUUUCCAAAUGUUAGAGGGAGGUGAAUAAGAGAACAUGGAGCUCAGAGGAAGGUCAAAUCAGAGAGCUCAAUGGCGGGAGUGAAUAUAGAAGAAGACCAGGUACUACUUGAUCCAAAAACACUGAGAAACACUAAGGAGACUGGAGUGUCUGUCUGCACUGAUAUGGGAGACAAAACCCAACCCUCUUGCCUCAACUCUGGGGUAGGAAAGGGAAGGAGUGGGGGUAGGAUAAGACCACUACUGAUUGUUACCAAGUUAUUAUGCAUUUGUAUCUUCCACUGGGCAAAAUUUUGCUCCAAAAUUAUAUAUGGUUCAAAACCAGGUCGCAGGUUCGAAUUCUCAAGCCGACUAGGUGAAAAAUCUGUCAAUGUGCCCCCGAGCAAGGCUCUUAACCCUAAUUGCUCCUGUAAAUUGCUCUGGAUAGGAGUGUUUGCUAAUUGACUAAAAUGUCAAUGUUUGUCCAUUUCCAUUCAUCACAAAUCAAACUUCUUAGGCACCCCUUACCUCAUCAGCAUCUCCUGUUCAUAAUUUCACCUUUUACUGAGGAACAGAGGGUGUUCCCGUGGUGAUGGGAGAUGGUGGGUGAGAUGGGAUUGUCAUUGGGGCUUUGCACUGAAGGCUGCUGCUAUGGUGGACUUGUUAAGGAAAGAACUGAUGUAUCCUGUUGCGCCAGUUGAAUUCCAUCCAAUGUUAAAACACUGUUUAUUUAUAAUCCUGUUCAUAUUAUGACUGUAUUUAUCUGUGUUUUUGCACAAACAGAUUCUUGCUGUAUGAAUGCACGAGAAAAGGAUCUGAGAAAGGCUAUACUGUACUGUAUGUAUUAUCCUAUGAUUGGCAUGGAAGACUUUAUAGAGCUGCUUGUUUCCCUCUAAACUGUACAACCAGGAUACAAGGAUAAUCACUACUGCUUCACCAGCCCCUAAACCUACUGCCUGAGUAUGUGAGAGUAAAAUACUCUAGUCCUAUUGAAGAUGUCUCCCAUUUCAUUGUUUUGCAAUAGGUCCUUUCUAAAAAUAAAAAAUGUUUUGUUUGUUUUUAGCAAAGACCUUUUAUGAUUUUUAUUCUGCAUCUGUUUGGUGUGUGUGUGUCUGUGAUACAUUGAGUUUGAUCAGCACAAGGUAAUAUGGGGUACUGUACAAUGAAAUGCACAAGUGUAUUUUAUCAGAGGUGUCAACAUUUUACAGUUGAAGCAACUAAAUUAUAUCUGAUCAAUCAUAUCCCUCCACAUUAUUCCCCCAUCAUCCUCAGUAGCUACUAGAUCUAGCACAAUUGUUAUUCAAAUGAUCCAUCUUUUUUCAUUUUCAACCUUCCAGAUGUUGUUUUCAAUAAUAUCCAUUUUAACUGUUAAUAAUCAUGUCCUUUGGUUAAAUAACGUGUGUGUGUGUUAGGCCUACAUUUCAACUGCAGUUCUUUGCAUUAUGAUCAUUAUUAAAAAGGAAAAAUUCUGAGUUUAGUGUUCUAUUUUUAGCUUUCCAAUAACCUCUCUUACCAUUAUUUUGACAUGCUGUUGAAAUAAAUGUAAUUUG